AUGCACUCUCUUAAAUCACUCCUUUGUCGACACCGGCGCUUUCCGUCCGAGACAGGUGCCGGCUCUAAAACGAAAGACAACCAGGACGCUGGGCCACCGGACGCGAUUUUGCGGAAUCAAUCGCCGCCCAGGGUGUUUCCAUCGUCGGGUUUCGAGGUGAUAGCACCCUCGGUCAAGCUCGACGAGGAAACACAUUCCUGGUACUCGGUCAAGAACUUCUACCCCGCAGCCAUUGGCGAGGUGUUGCAAAGCAGGUACCAGAUCGUUGCAAAGCUAGGCUACGGCGCUGCCUCGACUACAUGGCUCUGCCGCGAUCUCCGACAAGACCGCCACGUUACCGUCAAGAUCUACGCGUCGGGUGAGCGCCAGAGCGGCCGCGAGAUUGCUGCCCUGAAACACAUCGAUGUGGUCCUCGACUCGGAUGCAUCUCGGAAGGCCAAUCACAUUGGCGCCGCCAGCGUCCGCAGACUUCUCGAUGAGUUCCAACUAUCGCGCCCAAAGUCGUCUCGAACCAACCUUUGUCUCGUUUUUGAUGCACUAGGGGCCUCACUGGCUGACGUGAGGAAGCUUGCGUUCGGCGGUCGAAUGCCGAUCGAUGUGGUGAAAUGCGUCGCUUUUUACAUCCUGCAAGCUCUCGAUUUCGUCCACCGUCAGGCCAAGCUUGUCCACGCGGACAUCCAGGAAGACAACAUCAUGUUUGCCGUUGGGGACUCGUCUGAGUGGCAAGCGGUUGAGGAGGCCGAGAUGGCGGAACCCACCCCGCGCAAAACCUACAAAGGUCACGCCAUCUACUCGACUAGGGUGAUGGAGCUCCCGGUCCCGACGAUACCAGUUCUGUGCGACUUUGGAGAAGCACGAUUCGGGAGCGAGUCGUAUGGUGAACAUGCCAUGCCGGACCUGUACCGUGCCCCCGAGAUCCUGCUGCGCAUCGAGUGGGACAGGAUGAUCGAUAUCUGGGCCUUGGGCUUAGUGGUAAGCCGGCCGAGAACCUGUUCCUUCAAGCUGUGGACGCUGGUGGAAGGGACAAACUUGUUCACGAACAACGAAGGCGGCCGUUGGAAAUCGGCGCGGCCCCAUAUGGCCCGCAUGAUUAGCCUCCUCGGGCCGCCUCCCCAGUACAUUUUGGACAUGACUCCGGUGACGAAGGGCUUCUUUGAUAAGACAGUCGUCGAGACCUCGUUGGAGGAUGAGUUAACGGCAUUAGAAGGCGAGGGCAAAGCCGACUUUUUGCGAUUUCUCAGGCGCAUGCUUCAUUGGGACCAAAUGGAGCGGGCGACCGCCCGAGAGCUGCUCGAGGACCCAUGGCUGACGAUAACGGACGAUGCUAGCUCGGAGCCCGAAGAGGAGGGAUAA